GAGAGAGAAGGCACUGCCAUGAAGCACUUUGUACCUGCUUGGGCCCUUCUCUUCUGCUUUCCUGCGGGCCUGGCCCUUAACCUGCUGCGUUGGUGCACCAUCUCUGACCAGGAGCUGACCAAGUGCAGCGAGAUGAGCAAGGCCUUUGCUAGGGCCAACCUCCUCCCCUUGCUGGCCUGUGUGAACGGGGGCUCCGCCAGCAACUGCACCACCAUGAUCAACGCAAGCUUGGCAGAUGCUGUAACUCUGGAUGGCGGCACCAUUUACCAGGCUGGGAAGGAGUACAAUCUGAAGCCAGUGGUGGGCGAAGCAUACGGCCAAGAUCUCGGCACCUCCUACUACGCCGUGGCCGUGGUGAGAGCUAACUCCACCUUGACCAUCAACAGCCUGAGAGGGGCCAGGACGUGCCACACGGGCAUCAACCGGACUGUGGGAUGGAACGUCCCCGUGGGCUUCCUUGUGGACAGCGGCCGCAUGGCACUGAUGGGCUGCCAGGUGCCAGAAGCUGUCGGGGAGUAUUUCAGUGCCAGCUGCGUCCCUGGAGCCAGUGGGGGCAGGUACCCCCCCUCCCUCUGCGAGCUCUGCAAAGGAGAUGGAGCAGGACAAUGGAGAUGUGAGCCCAGCCCCCGGGAGCUCUACUACGACUACCUCGGAGCCUUCCGGUGUCUGGUGGAAGAGGCAGGAGAGGUUGCCUUUGUGAAGCACAGCACCGUCACGGACGCCAUACUUGGCCCCGCUCCUCCCUCAUGGGCUCAGACGCUUCAGCCGGGGGACUUCCAGCUCCUCUGCCGGGAUGGCUCCAGGGCAGCAGUGACGGAGUGGCGGAGGUGCCACUUGGCCCGUGUCCCCGCCCACGCUGUGGUGGCCAGGCAGGACACUGCGGGGAGCCUCGUCUUCCAGCUGCUCGACCAGGGACAGCAAAGGUUUAAGGAUGGAAGCUCCAGUUUCCAGAUGUUUGGCUCUGCGGCUUAUGGUGGGAAGAACCUUCUCUUCAAAGACUCCACCACGCACCUGGUUCCCAUUGUGGAGGAGACCUACCAGGCCUGGCUGGGGCAGGAGUACCUCCAUGCGGUGUGGGGCUUGGAUUGUGACCCCACAAGACUGCCCAAAUCCCUACGCUGGUGUGUCUUGUCAACAGAGGAGAUCUGGAAAUGCAGCAAAAUGGCUACUGCCUUUCAGGACAAAAACUUGAAGCCCGAAAUCCAGUGUGUUUCCGCAGCAAGUCCAGAGGAGUGCAUGGAGAAGAUCCAGAAAAGAGACACUGAUGCUGUGGCUUUGGCAGGAGAAGAUGUUUACACGGCUGGGAAGAAAUAUGGGCUGGUGCUUGCCGCUGGGGAGCGUUAUGCAGAGGGGGACUCCAAGGACACCUAUUACGCUGUAGCCGUGGUGAGACGAGACCCUUCCAACGCCUUCACCAUCCACGAGCUCCGAGGGAAGAGGUCCUGCCACACGGGCUACGGGCGGAUGGCGGGGUGGAAGAUCCCAGUGGGCAUCCUCUUGAGGAAGGGGCUCAUUCAGCCUCAGGGCUGCGACAUCCUCCAAGCGGUGAGUUCCUUUUUCUCAGCCAGCUGUGUUCCCACUGCCAAGAAGGACAAUUACCCAGCCAGCCUUUGUGAACUCUGCAUUGGGGACAACAACGGGGAUAAUAAAUGCAACGCCAGCAACCAGGAGCGCUACUUCGGCUACACUGGAGCCUUCAGAUGUUUAGCUGAGCAGCGUGGUGAGGUGGCCUUUGUCAAGCACUCUUCAGUCUUUGAAAGCACAGAUGGUAACAACAAAGACUCCUGGGCCUCCCAGCUGCGGUCGACGGAUUUCCAGCUCUUGUGUCCCAACGGGGGCCGUGCCGAAGUCAGCCAGUUUGCAGGGUGUCACUGGGGGAAGGUGCCUGCUCGGGCUGUCAUGGUCCACCCAGACACCAAUGCUGUGGCUGUGUAUGGACUUCUCAGCAAAGCUCAGGAUUUCUUUGGGGACGACUACAAUGGACAUGGAUUUAAAAUGUUCAAUUCCACAGAUUUCCAAGGACAAGAUUUAAUAUUCAGGGAUUCCACGACUGAAAUUGUGCCUGCUGGGGAGAAAACAACUUACUCGUCUUGGCUGGGUCAGCCAUUCUUGGAGUCCCUUGCAGGCUGGGAGUCUCUCCAGUGUUCGAGAGCCGCUCUGGAGUCUGUGAACGCCUUUCUUCUGCUGAUGGCAAGUCUUAGUUGCAUUACAUUCCACUUCUCGUGAUCAACACAUCAACAUUCAACAAAAUAGAAUGCAACUGGGGGAACCUAAUGAAGCCCACAACCAUGAUGA